AAAAAAAAAAAAAAAGGAAAACACAGAAACAUGGCGGCUGAGAUUCACUCCAGGCCCCAGAGCUCCAGACCAGUUCUUUUAAACAAGAUCGAGGGACACCAGGACGCUGUGAAUGCGGCGGUUUUGAUCCCUAAAGAAGAUGGGGUGAUCACUGUAGGAGAAGAUAGAACAAUACGAGUAUGGCUGAAGAGAGACAGCGGGCAGUACUGGCCUAGCAUCUACCACACUGUAUCCUCACCUUGUUCAUCCAUGGCGUAUCACCAUGAGAGCAAACGUAUUUUCAUUGGACAGGACAACGGAGCCAUAGCAGAAUUUGAAAUCUCUGAAGACUUUAAUAAGAUCACAUUCGUCAAAACCUACCCAGCUCACCAGAGCCGUGUUUCUGCCAUUGUGUAUUGCCCAGAGUGUGAGUGGGUAAUCAGCACCGGCCAUGAUAAGAGUGUGAGCUGGAUGUGUUCCAGGAGUGGCAGCUUGCUGGGGAGACACUACUUCAGCUCCUGGGCCUCCUGCUUGCAAUUCGAUCAUGACACAAAGCAUGCCUUUGUAGGAGAUUACUCUGGGCAGAUCACGUUGCUGAAACUGGACCAGAACACCUACUCCAUCAUUACCACACUGAAGGGACACGAAGGCAGUGUAGGAUCUCUGUACUGGGACCCUGCCCAGCGGCUGCUGUUCUCUGGAGCGUCUGAUCACAGUGUUAUCAUGUGGGACAUCGGGGGACGGAAAGGAAGAACACUGCUGCUUCAGGGCCACCAUGAUAGAGUCCAGUCCCUGUGUUAUCUGCAGCUCACUCGGCAGCUGGUCUCCUGUGCUGCCGAUGGAGGGAUCACAGUGUGGAACAUGGACAUCAGCAGAGAAGAGGCUCCCCAGUGGCUGGAGAGUGACUGCUGUCAGAAGUGUGAGCAGCCCUUUUUCUGGAACCUGAAGCAGAUGUGGGACAGUAAAACCAUCGGCCUUCGACAGCAUCACUGCAGGAAGUGUGGCAAAGCCAUGUGUGGGAAGUGUAGCUCAAAGCGGUCGACCUACCCAGUCAUGGGCUUUGAGUUCCAGGUGCGCGUCUGUGAUGCCUGCUACGAGACCAUCAAAGAGGAGGACCGUACCUCCCUGGCCACGUUUCAUGAAGGCAAACACAACAUCGCCCACAUGAACAUGGACUUUUCUAGGGGGCUCAUGGUGACCUGUGGCAGCGACCGGGUUGUAAAGAUCUGGGAUAUGACACAGGUGGUUGGCUGUAGCUUAGCAACAGGCUUCUCUCCCCGCUGAGCAUCAUUAUCCUACUGAGCCGUACCCCAGCCCUGCGGACAUAACAAUUGCCAUGGAAACACUGUCACUUUUUAAACCCUUUCCUUUCCUUCUGGAACACUUGACAUUUCAACACAACCACUGCUUUGAAGACAUAUUUAAAGUGGCACUGCUUUAUGACUUCUAGGUCACUGGGCAGAAAGUUAGAAAAAAGGCAAUUUCAUUAUACAUUUAAUUAGAAACUAUAAAGCACUGCAUAGUGGAUAUGGCAUAGCCCGAGAAAUCGGAUGCUUCUCAUUUUAAGCGGAUUACUCUUAAAGUCUUGGCUUCUCAAAUUUGUUAGGGCAGGACUAUUGGGCAGGGUUUAAUCAGAUAACUUCUAUUUUUAUGACACUGCAAAUUGCCCAGGACAUAGUGAAGUGCAAUGAAGUUGCAAUAUACAGCUAUGGCCAAAAGUUUUCCAUCUCAAUCCUAACAUUCUAGGUGCUGCAAAACUUUUGGCCAGAGCUGUAUUCUGUGUUACAGUUAGAACUUCUGAUUCAUACUCCAAAAAUAAAUUAAAAUGAAAGAGAAGCAGAGCUUUUUUUAUUGUACUUAAGGAGAUUACUUAAAUACAGGCUUGGAGGUAGACAGUAAUUAGAUCUUGAUUUGGAUUAUUAAUGUAGAUUCUGAUAUAUCUUUGCAAGUACUUACAUUUUUUUCCACAAAGACAACAUCUGAUUGGUAAAUAUUAAAAAAGCAAGUCAUGAAGACCAAUCACGAAGUUGGCAUCUUCCAAAUUCUCGCUGUUAUAUAACUGACGUUUUGAUUUCUGGUUCCUUCCUUUGUAUUUCUGGUGUCUGUGCUAUAUGCUGCAUUCAAACAAGUCUUUUAUCAGGAUCCUUUGUAGUAAGGGUUGCCCCGAUAGUGCACCGAACUGCAUAUAUAUGUGUGUGAGUAAAUAUGUAUAAAGAGUAAACUGGUUGCCUCAUGUGAUUGUUCUGGAUGCAGGAAUGUGGUGAUUUAAAAGAAAAAAAAAUGAUAGGCCAACUGAAGAAAUGGCUUGCACAGUAAACGAGAUUCUGACACAUCGUGCUGUUCUGCUGUUACCGGCUUUGUAUUAUUGUAAAAACUUUCUUUACUGUGUUAAAAAAAAAAAAACAGCAAGAGUAGUUUGUAAUAAACUGACACACCUCACCUGAGUUUACUCUUUUUCAAUUAAUAUUGAAUUUAAAGUUUGUCAUUGGUAGUUUACAUUAAGGGAAGAAGUUAACCAAGCCUCUUUGACAGAAGCACACGGUUUAUAAUUUCUAUUUGAUAGGUUAUGGACUGAAGGCAAUUUACUUCUGAUCGGUCUGAAGCUGAGCCACGGUGUCAGCACCAUCCUAAAAAUCUACCGGGACUAGAUUGUUUAAAUUUAGAGAAAUAUUUAGCAGUUCUGUCCUGUCCAACCUGCCAGACACUUGAGUACUAUAUAAUUAUAUUGUUAUUACUGUAAAUACUAUGUACCUACAUUUAAAAUAAAUAAAUAAAGACCAGUCACAAGUUGGCUUAUAUAAUGUAUGGAUGCACUGUUAGAAAUGUGUCAAGUCUGUUAAACAGCAGGUGUUAUUGUUGAAAAUGGGAUGUACUGUAUAUUACACACAUGUCAAGUACCUCCAGAGUACAAUAGUACUAUGUGUGUUUUUCCCUUAGUACACAGUAUUGUAUCAAAUGCAGUCCAUAAACGUCCCCCGCAGGUAAUUUAAGGUGGCUUGCUGAUGGUUCGUUAUAGUCUUCAGUUUUUUUUCCUGGGGUGUUGCAGAUAAAAUCUUCAGUGCCGUGAAUCACUGCCCUGGAAUGUAUAAGUCUGGUCUUCAGAUCCAAUGUCAGGCUUAAUAUGGUGAUGCUCAGAUAAGGCAGGCUUGUAUUUGACUUUCUGAUUGGCCUAGUUAAUAGCUCUCGCAACCCUACCCUUGUAGAAAUGUUCCGAGUUUUUUUUCCAGUGAUCUCUGUCUUAAUUAAUUUUAAUUGAAUCAUAUAUAUAUAAAAAUUAGAAAACCAUUAUAUACAACAAUACAUAAUCUCACUCGGCUAGAUUCACUGCAGUGCAAUCCCAUCACAGCCAGGCAUUUCAGGAUCACUCACUCAUACUUGAUUCAGGGUGGUGGGGUGCCCUUUAUUAAUUGGCAUUGUGUAGAUGAGGAAGAUGUAAGCAUUCAAAUAUCCCAGCAAUUUAUUUUGUUGAAUGAAGAAGACCAACAUUAAGAAUGCAUUAAGAAGCGGUGUUCAUGUCCUGCUAUGUACCCCCUUUGUUGUACAUAAUGGCUUUCUAAUGUAAUCACAGUUCUGAGAACUGUUGACAAUGUUCUUAACCUGUGUUUUUAACUAUUAAUUUCUAUUGAAAUGGUACUGUACUAAAUACUGCUGCAACACUAAUAGCCUAAUGCAUUCUACACUCGCAUAUUACAAUAAAUUAUAACUUCUCA